ACUUUGGCAAUCUCAAUCAAAAGUCAACCCUUUGACUUCCCUGCAGCAUGUGACAUGGUUACACAGCUUCAUGGAAGGUCGGAGAUUCAACCAUUGGGAAGACGACGAGGUAGGCUCAUCAAGUUAGUUAGAAGAUAAGAAGCGUGAAUGGAGAGAGAUUUGGAGCAGGCAGGUAGAUUGAGGUAUUAGCUUGGUUGGAUUUGGUGCUCUUGUCCUACUUGGAUGGCCAUGUUUGUGCCUGCAAGCACGAAGAGGAAAGACUUGGAGGUCGUCAACGACUGCCAACCCGAUUUGUCGCUCUUUUCUGAGACUAAAAGGAUCAAAAUAAGUCUGGACGGCAAGCCGCCGCUAAUCCUCGAAGAAGAAGUGGCGAUGAGUUCUCCGGCGUUCGAGGCGCAGCUGCAGGUGGAUGGACUGCCACAGGAGAAUCGAAACCUGGUGAUGACAUUACCGGUGGACGAAAUGGCAAUUGAUGGUGAGGUAGCCACAGCUACGAUUGCUUCCUCCCUUGACCCCAUAGAGAACCAUGAAAGAGAAGAGACUGGAGCUGAGGAACCGAUGGAAGUCGAAGAACAAGAGGGUCUUCUUCAGCGACCGGGAAGAACAGAUCCCGUCAUAUGGUCAGGAUUCUUUUGAGGAAGGACCAGUUUACCCAGCUGAUGCUAAGUUGCACUGUAUGCGGAGCGACUAGGAGGCUGUACAGCCAGUAGAAACGGUCUCGUCUCGUCUCGUUAAUUCUAUUUGUCAUGAUAUACUCGUGUGAUUUUGGUGACUUGUCAAUGAAUGGACGAGUUUGAACCAUGAAAGAGUGAAGUGAGCGAGAACGAAGAGUAAGAUUGAUAAUAGGGACUCC